CUAACAUGUUUACGACGUGGAAGUCUUUGUAAACACUUCGAUACAAAACUAAACGUAAUAGACCGACAAAGCGAGAUUACUUCAAAAUAGUGCAUGCUUUAGAUAUAGGUAUGCUUUCAUAUACAUGUAGUAAAUACAUAACUGCUUUCCAAAUGGACUACAUAGCUAGAUAGCUAGCGUUAGAUAACUUAACGCUAGUUACACAAAGCUGAAGCAAACUCUCAACAUUGUAGCUAGCAAAGCGGCACACAACUGGUUGUCGUUAGCCGAUCCAAGCAGUAAGGCGGAGAUUCUUUACACUGUAGCUAAAUAAGAUGACAUAUCUUAGUGCUAGAUUAAAUUAAUUAGUGAAUUACCGUAGUUGCUUGCCAGGUAAGUCAUAUAUUAGCAUUUAGCUGCUAGCGUUCUGAUGUGACGGCCUCAGGAUGUCAUACUUCUGGACAGAGUUUAAAAUAGACACCCACACUGUCCCCACCAACACAAAAUCCAUCGGAACAGACCUCUCCAUGAUGGAUAUUGGAUGUUUAGAGGAUCUUCAAAAAGAAAUUACUGAACUGAGAAAGGAGGUAGCAUCACUGGAGGCUAAGUUAAGAGGAGAAGGAAAAGGAGAGUUUGAGACAAACCUUGUUAAGAAACAGCAUCAAAAAAACAGAAAUGAGAAUGAAGUACAGGAGUCAGAAGAUGUUCCCAGUCUGUCAACCGUUUGUAAGAAGGAACCAUCUCUCAUUGCUUCACAGUACCACAGCUGCCAGGUUGUGGACAAGCACGGGGUACGGCUGUGGCGAACCUGUCCUCCUUGUGUCUUUAAACAGGAACCGAUGGAAAUAUGUGAUUCUGUGUCUGGUAGUGGAGACAAGCAGACAGCGCAGAUGCUUGAGGUACCUGCACUCUUCCUACCAUGUUACAGUGAUCCCAGUUCCACAGAAGCACAGGGCCGUCAGUGUGGAAGUGAAGACGAAGGGAAAGACCUGAAUAUGCUGCCACUCUCUCUGCACUGCUAUAGUGAUCCAAAUCCUGCAGAAACACUGAAUGCCGAUCACAGUGGAGACCCGAACACACCGCAGGAACUGAAGGAUGUACCCAAUCUGCCUCCAGUGUUUAAAACUGAACCAAACCCCACAGAGACACUGAAACCCGACUGUAGCACUGGGGACCAGCACACACUGCAGGACGAUGUACCCUCUCUUUCUUUGUACUGCUAUACAGACAUACAUCAAGAACAUGCACAAGACUCUGAUUACAAUGGUGAAGAGGAGUUGGAGGAGAGUGUACCAACCCUCUCUCACUGUUAUAGUGACACAAACCCCACAGAGUCCCUGGGCUCUGACUGUGAUGGUAGAGACCAGCACACACUGCAGACUCCAUUAAAGAUGUGUUCAGUGAGACUCGUGGACUGCAGGACUGUGGUGAAGCUUAAUAGAAACAUAACACCACAGGAAGAACAGAAUGAUUAUUUUCAGAAGAAUUUUAAAUCUUCAAAUGUGCAUAUGCAGUCAUUCUCAUAUGAAAGCCCUUCUGCAUCUGAACAUAACAUCCAAAAAGGAGGGGUGUGUAGAAGUACAUCCUUAGAUUCAUGCCACAUUACAGACAGUCAUCUCAAUGGGGACACUGGUGGAGAGUCGCAUUCUUGUGUUUGGCGUAGAGAGGAAUUCUUCACACAAUUGGUUCCCAGCAUGCACCUUAGUGAACACAAUGGAAAUGACCUGCGCCAUAGUUCCUUCGCUGAGAAGUAUUUUUCAACAUCUGCACAGCUUGCAUCCCACUGUGGGUUGCAUGCUGCCAAUGACAAGCUUUACCCAUGCAACCUUUGUGGGAAGAGUUUCACUGAUUUAUCUCAUCGCAAAAGCCAUGAGCGGAUGCACUCAGGAGAGGGUCCAUACCAGUGUGCUCAGUGCGGGGAAUCCUUUAGCUUCUUUUACAGAUUUCAGAAUCACCAGAAAGCACAUGCUGAAGGCUCUGAUGCAAUGAUAAAGCCCUACCAGUGCUCCCACUGCAAAAAACAGUUUGCAACAAAAGGAAGCCUUGUUGUCCACUCCCGUGUUCAUACAGGUGAGAGGCCAUACCCCUGUUCUUUCUGCGACCAAACAUUCACUCGCUCAGAUAGGCUAAAGGAUCAUGAGAGAGUUCACACCGGCGAAAAGCCAUACCAGUGCUCCUCCUGCGGGAAGCAGUUCACCCAGGCAGCAUCCCUCAGAACACACCGGAGAAUACACACCGGCGAGAAGCCCUACUGUUGUUCCACCUGUGACAGACGGUUCUCGGACUUGACGGGCCUACGAACCCAUGAGAGGCGCCACACAGGAGAAAGACCUUAUCGCUGCUCUCAGUGUGGGAGGAGUUUUGCUCAAGCAUCCAACCUUGUCACUCACUUCAGAAGACACAGGGCAGAAAACACCACGCCAUUGGAGAUGUCUGAGCAUUGCAGCAUGGAGGGCUGCAUUGAGCAGGGAGGAGAAGCUCUACUAGAGUUACACCUGUUAUGUGACACUGAAACAUCCUGCACAAAGUCAGUAGGGACGGACCUCUCCAUGGAAGAUAUUGGAAACCUACAAACAGAAGUCUGUGAACUGAGAAAAGUGAUCGCUUUGUUGGAGGAGAAAAUAAGGAAACAGGGAAACAAGCUUUCUAAAGAGGAGAUGGAUGUUCCCACUUCAGUUUGUAAAGCUGAACUAUAUCAAUCGGAGCCACAGGACUCUGAUCACAGUGGUGGAGGCCAGCAUACAUUGCUGGAGAAUGAACCCAAUCUGUCUCCAAUGUGUAAAACUCAACUAAACCCCACAGAGACACUGGAACUCGACUGUAGCACUGAGGACCAGCACAUACUGCAGGACAUGGAAGAUGAACCCAGUCUGUGUCUUGUUUGUGCGCCUGAACAGACUUCUGUAGCCACAAUGGAUUCUGUAUGUGGCUGUGAGAAUCAGUCCAAACUGCAGGAGUUGGAGGAUGUUGUACCCAGUCUCUCUCUACACUGUUAUAGUGACCCAAACCCCACAGAGGCCCUGAGCUCUGACUAUGAUGGAGGAAACCAGCACACACUGCAGACUCCAUUAAAGACAUGUUCAGUUAGACUGGUGGACUGCAGGAAAAUGCUGGAGCUGAAUGAAAACAUCACAGCACAGGGAAAAUUGGAUAAUGUGAGUGAUUAUGAAGAACACAAUAGUAGUGAUGCUGAUUUUUUACCUUCAGAUGGCAGCAUUGAGUCUUCUGAUGGAGAAAACCAAUGCUCUGGAGAAAAAAAGAAGAAAAAUGAGCAGAAAUCAUCUUACGUUCCCUGUAGUGUCUGUGGGAAGAAGCUCAGCUCAUUGAGGUCUUUGAAAAGACAUAUGAAAAGCCACAGUGGAGAAGUGCCUCUCAGACCCCACACUUGUUCCAUGUGUGCAAAGACUUUCACCAAACCUUCUAUUCUCAAGGUGCACAUGGUGACUCACAGUGGUGAGAAGCCGUUCAGCUGCGGUGUAUGCGGCAACCGCUUCACCACCAAGGGGAACCUGAAGUACCAUGAGAGGACCCACACAGGGGCCUGGCGCUACCAGUGCUCCUUCUGCGACAAGCGUUUUGACCACAGGUCACACCUCCAGAAGCACGAGCGUGUGCACACCAGAGAGAGGCCGUACCCGUGCUCGGUGUGUGACAGGGCCUUUGCCACCACGCAGGCUCUGAAAACUCACCUGAAGAUUCACACGGGGGAAAAGCCUUACCACUGUUCCUACUGCGACAUGGCCUUCAGUCAGACGGGUCACCUGAAUCGUCACAAGCGCCUGCACACUGGUGAGAAGCCCUAUCUGUGUGACCAUUGUGGUAAAAGUUUUGCAGAUCCCAAGCACUUCUACACCCACAGGACCACACACAAGGGGGAGAGCCGUGAGAGGCCACACCAGUGCUCCUUCUGCGGGAAAGGUUUCUUCCACCGCAUUAACCUGAAGCAGCAUGAGCGGAUUCACACCAAGGAGAGACCCUACAGGUGCCUUCACUGUGACAAGUCCUUCGCCCGGCCUGACAUCUUGAAGACCCACCUGCGGGUGCACACGGGCGAGAGGCCUUAUCAUUGCUCCAUCUGCGGGCAGAGCUUUGUUUACUUGGGGAGCUUCCGCACACACCAAAAGAGUCAUGCCAGUGAGGAGGUGAAGCAGAACUCAUAGCAGGAACAGAAAGCUUGGUUUCAACCUGGCUUUUUUAUAUCAGCCCAAGCAUUAUGGACUCCCCCUCAGUCAAGAAUGGGCAAGAAUAUAUGUGGACCUCAACCUGUUGUUGUUUAAAUGUAGAUAAGCAGUUAAGGGAACAAAAGACUUUUUCCUGGGUACAAAUAUCUCUCCUUCUCUAGGGAGGAACAAUAUUAACUUUAGUUUACAGUUAAAGGGGGGGGGGGGUGUUAAAUAGACUGGACCCACUGAUUUAUUUUUAUUUUUUCCCUAUCUUCUUCUUCCUCCUCCUCCCCCCAGAUUUUGAGGACCACAGGGAUUGGCCAAUCAGGUUUAAGAAUAAAUAAAUUUUUAAACAGUGUCAGUGUAGAGGUCUAGUUCUUCUCUUGGUCACAAAAUCCUCACCCCCAGUUUGCCAGAAGAAUGUGGGCAUGUUUACAUUUAACCAUUAAAGGCCAGUCACUCAGCGAUUACUAUGAACAGUCAUUCUUGACAUUGAGUGAAUAUGUUCCUUAAAAACAGACUGCUUCAAAGAGUUAAAAAUAAAUGUCAUUAAAGGCAGUAAUAUUGAAAAACAAAAAUGUAUUUGUAUACAUUUCCUUUCUC